ACAACCCCAACAGCAGCUGCAUACUGACUCAUUCUGCUCAAACUUAAUCUUCACACAGUUUGUGCUCUUCCAGAACACAUCAACGUUCUUGCCUUCUUCACCCCAGGAGGGGCUUUAUUGGAUUAACUGUUGGUUGGGUGUUGCAUUCCCCUGCUGGUAGCACAGGUACAGUCUCUCACAAGGAAAAGUGCAGGAGACAAGAUAAGACUUGCAUCAGCAAACAGAGGAGAAAAUGCUCCCCUGCUGUUUAAAACAUUGACGAGCAGGUUCCGUGGGGCGUGGACAUUAUGGGCAGCCGACCGAGCAAGUGCAGACACCAGACCAUGGCCAUGAUUCCAUCUAACCCAGCGAACCAGCCCUCUCCAGAUAUCAGCAAGGUUAUGAUGGUGGUGGCACUGUAUAAUUACCCGUCGACAUCUGAUACUGACCCUGUAAUUACUGUGGGCGAGAGGCUGAAUGUUGUUAGUGAGGAAGGUGAUUGGUGGAAAGUGGUCUCGCUGGCAACUGGCAAAGAAUGUCACAUUCCUUGCAAUUACGUGGCAAAGGUUUAUCACAGAUGGUUGUUUGAAGGCAUCAGCAGAGAGAAAGCAGAGGAGCUGCUCUUGUUGCCCAGCAACCGAUCAGGGGCAUUCAUGAUCAGAGAAAGUCAGACCAGGAAAGGAUCCUAUUCAUUGUCUGUCCGACGAUCCAACAACGCAUCAUGGGAUUCUAUCAAACACUACCGCAUUCAUCGCUUACCCAAUGGUUGGUUCUACAUCUCCCCUCGGCUCACUGUCCCAUCUCUGCAUGAUAUGGUGGAUUAUUAUUCAGAAUGCGGUGAGGGACUGUGCUGCACUUUGAAGGAACCCUGUCACAUUCAGGGGCCUCCCGUACCUCAGCAACGCCACCCGGACCCUAUCGUUGUGCAGAAACCUCAGCUCAACUGGAACGAGUUGGACAGCUCCGACUUAAUCAGUGACGGCAAGGAGCCAGGGGAGGAGUCCCCUGUCAGCAUGGGUCUACGGGAAGCCAUCAACUCUUACUUGUUCAUGACAGAGGAUAUGGACCUAGAUAAGAUGAGCAACCAAGCGUCACGUUUGAAAACACUGGAAGCCCGAUUACAGAGCAGCCAGCGACACAUUAACCUUAAUAUGGUGGGGAAUUUCAGUCACCUCAACUUCAACUCAGCUGGACUUUAACCCCAAAACGAAAAGAACAUAUGGGGAUGGCUGUUGUGGACUUUGUUGCAGUCUCUUUAAAUUAUUUACAGUGGAUAGUUAAGCUGCACUUUGUUACUUUCUUUUGUUCUUUUCAUUUACACGAAUGGGCCGUAUAGCCCGUUGCUCUCAGUUUUACAGUGUGGAAGAAGGAUUGAGUUAUAGUUGCCAACCAUUUCCAUCCAUUUGGAGAUGUCCUGCCCAGGCCAAGUCAAAUGUCCCUCUUUUUGGCCUUAUCUCCAAUUUUGCUUUGUUCAUUCAUGGGAUGUGGGUGUCGCUGGCUGGGCCCAGCAUUUCUUGCCCAUUGCCAGUUGCCCUUGAGAAGGCCUUCUGUAGCCACUCGUAUCAUUGGGCUGUGGGUAGACCCCAAUCUGAGAAGGGAGAAUGUUGCAGGAUAUUGACCCAGUGACAGUGAAGGAACAGAGCUACAUUUGCAACUCAGGAUGGUGUGUGGCUCGUGAGGGGAACUUUCAAUUAUUGUUAUACAGCUAGCAAGCAAAAAUAUUCAAGAGGGUUGUGAAACAAAGCACUGUUUUCAAAAAUACUGCCCUAGUUUUCAUACCAGGUGUUUAAUUCCUGGUGACCUGGAGAGCUGGGAACACAAAGCUGAAAUGAUGAACUCUCUGGAGAGGUUCUAUCACAUGUGAUAGUAUUGAGACUGUGUUUCCUGCCUCUCUGUCCAUUACUCUUGGCUCCUGCAUUAGAAUGCCAGAAUCAUUCUGGAGGUGUCCUCCUUUGCUCCCCUCCCAGGGGUGGUCACAGUAGAAUUCCACCUGCAGCAUUGUGGCCACACCCAGCAGAUUGGAGCCCAGACAGUGAAUGUGGUGAUCUAUUCGACAAAGGGGGGACUCACAGUCACACACUUAGCUAGGUGCUGAAAGCAAUCAAGGUCAGCGAUAUUGACCUGAGAUUCUCAGGUCCGAGCCAAGGCAUCACUCAGGCUUCCUGAAGCACUCCAUCCACCAACUACAAUGGGAUUGGUAUGGCUUGCAGAACCCAUUGCUGGUUUCUUGAUAAUACUUAACCUAUUUUCCUCCAUCAUGGCUGAUUUUACAACACUGUUCCAAUUUCAUUUUACAUUGUAGUUAAUCGACAAAGAGCAAUUUUAGGUUGAUGUGAAAGUGGCAUCCCAUUUGACCCUGUAAGAUCACGACCCAUCAAGUUUGUUUUAAAACUCCCCCACUACCAUUUCAAAAAGCUGCUGCUUUUUGCAGUGAAGUUUUCAGAUAAAGAUGUUUUCUUUCAAAAACUAAAGCCACAUUUUCUUGCUGACACUUUUGAACCUUGUUCCAUUCGAUGCCAAAACAAAGAGGAGUAAAACAAUAAGAGAGAUUCUAGGAAAGUUUUAAAGAAGGCAAACAGGAGGAGCAGAGUUGUCGGGAGGGAUUUCCUGUUCUCAGAACCUGAGCAAAUGAUCAGUGACAGAGCUAUUAUACAUUGGAGAGAAUCAGGAGGCCAGUAUUAGACAAGCACCAAUAUCUCAGAGGAUUUGGGGUUGACGGAGAUCAGAAUGAUAGGGAGAGGCUAGAAAGGCCAGGGGGAGAUUUGAAAAUGAAGAAGAGAAUUUUACUGUAAAGGCAUUUCUCAACUGGGAACAUCAAUUUAUACAGCAAUUACUGUAGUUCUUUCCAAACAUUCACCCACUGAGACACCAUGUCAAGGCUUGAAAACUGCCACAACCUUCUUGUGAAAAACACACUGUGGGGUGGGUUGGGGUGCAAUGUGACAGCACACCUAUUAUAACUCUAGUUCCAGUUUGAAGGCCGUCCUCAAUGUUGGGAACACUUAGUCUAUAGCCAUUGUAUCCAACUAAACCAUGGCAUUUGUUGUACUCCACAGAAACCAGUUCUCUCUACUUUUUCAACAAAUGCUAUCAAAAUACCCUUCCAUUCCUUCUCCACCAUGCGUUUGUUUAGCUUUACCCUGGAAUGAAUCUGCUAUUCAGCACAUCUCAUCCAUGUGAUUGAUAUCUUAUUCUAACUGCUCACUGGCUAAAAAUAUUUGUUGGAUUCCUUUGUUUAAUUUAAAAGCAAAUCUGUGCCGGUGGUAGACACCGUUGCGUUCGCCAGCAACUGUCAUAAGGGUAAGGAAUGAGCAAUUACACUAUCACCAGUACUUUGCAAUCGAUAUCAUUUAGUGGUAACAUGGGUGGGAAAUAUAUUUGUGCAUCAGGCCCUACAAUCAAAUUGCAGCUUUUGUAACAAAACUACAAAGCAAUGUGAAAAGCAAUUUUGUGCCCCGUUGUGUUCUUGGUCACAGACUUUGCUUCCUGCAGAAUCUAGUUCACAGGAAAUCAAGACAGCUGUCUGGUCACUGAAUGGGAAAUUCCAUCAGCAUCGGCCUUUUGCAGUAUUGCAUCCAGCUCUUGGAAAAGGCAUGAGCUUGCAAGCCAAAGUAAGGCCAUAACAAUGGGCUAAUCAGAGCUGAAAUCAGAUAGCAAUGGAGAUUGUAACACAAUUGUAAUUGUGAUAAUGAAUUGAAUAAUCUCUGACUAGCAAGAAACCAUGCAAUAUGCAGACGUUUCUAUCCAUCAUCCGCACUAAGGAGGAAAUGCCGAAGAUCUGCACUCCAUUUCCAUGAGUGUUAUAUGUUGUGACUCAGAAUUUCUGGUAUUUGGAAAGAGUAGGGCUUUUGGGUGGAACCUAAAAUGAGAAGGCACAGUUCACAAUAUGCAUCCUAGGUUUAUUUAAGGUGUGUUUCCACUGAGCAGUACUCUGUGGUGCAGGGGGUUCCUAUGAAGUGUCAACUUCUACACGUAAUUGCUGUGAAUACCAAAUGGUUUCCAAAAUUGGAAGUUGUGUAGUCUAUUGGGGUUGAAUGAGGAUGGAAUUGAUAGUUUGGUCCAUUGAAAUGAGAAUAUUUGGUACGUUGAAGAGGAAAUGGCCUGUGUUCUUGGAAUUCUUUGCUGGCAUCAGAAACGUGUGCACAUUCAGUGAAACAAGAAACCAAAAUCUGAAAACUUUGACUCAAGCAAAGAUAGUUCUGUAUAAUUUAUUUGACAAAUUCAGUUGUCAUGAUGUAAAAAUAUU